CUACUUCUAUACUUUGUGUAUACAUAUAUGUAUACACUCUUCGUAUAUAGUUUGAACAGAACGAACGAAGGAAGGUAGUCGAGGUCGAACUCUCGAGAAGAUAUCUUUGCGACGGAAUCUGUGCGUAGUUUAUAUUUCGUUAGCGAAUAAUAAGCCCAUUUAAUUCCAAGAAACAACGAAGAUGUCGAAGUUCAUGCUGCUCGUUUUUGUAACUCUUCUUGCUAGCACACUUAUCGUGGCUGCUCCCGAUAACUCACGCUGCGGUCGGCACGGUGACCCCUGCGUGGUUGAUCGUGAAUGCUGUCAAAGCAUAAGAUGCAACGCACAGGCGCAUAGAUGCCAAGUCAUUAUCACCGCCGAGGAAUUAAUGGCUCAGAGAGAACGAAUUUUGGGCAAGAAAGGAAAAUCUUACUGAUCAACUAUUAUCUCUUUCUUGAUCACGCAAUCAUGGCAAUAAAUAAGAUAAAUAAUUUUUCAUUUAUAUAAAGAUAAGCAUUGAAAUUAUAUGGAGUUAUGGCAUAAUGAAAAUGUCAUCUUUAAUUAUAAUUAAAAAAAAAAAAAAAAAAAAAAAAAAUCAUCUUUAAUUAUAACAAAACGAAAAUAUUUGGAAUGUAUAAAUUGAAUAAUAAAUAUUAUAAAUCGUAAGUA